UGCUUUUGUUUGCCAACAGUAGAAAGUGACGUGGGUAUGUGUCGCCUAAGAUAUCCUAACGCGACGGUCUGGCGCCAUCGGGCAGCAUCAUUAUCUUCGAUAUUUGCUGGAGCACGUGUAUUCUGCUAAUAUCGGAGCGUAGCCAAAAAUGUGAUUAUUUUGUGGUGCGCGAAGGAAAGGAUGACAGUCAAAAUCGAAAUUGUGCUCACUAGUGGGGUCGAUGGGGUAUUCUAUCCCGGCCAGGAAGUAAUCGGUGAAGCAAUUGUGGUUCUGACUAAAACCAUCCGUGUCUCGAGAUUGAAGUUGACGAUUAGUGGUAUUGGUAAAACGGAAUGGAGUGAAGCAAACAGCCAAAACGGACGAUUUCUUAACCUUGAGCAGUUUUUAUUCCAAGCAAAUGAUGCUGCAUCGAGCACGACGUACACUGGCAAGGAAUGUUAUCUACACUCCGAGCUUAUCCUUUGUCAAGUCAAUGAUUUCAUGCCCGCCGGGGGAUACACAUACGGCUUUGCUUGUCCACUUCCUGAAGCGAUUCCAGCCUCGUUCGAGGGCAAGAAUGGGCGCAUCCGCUACUCAUUGACCGUAACCGUCGAACGACCGUGGAAACAAUCUAAAGCCCACACACUCGGCUUCCAAGUGUCCCGGGAGCUUGAUCUCAACAAAGUGCCCCUUCUACCAAUCAAAGCGGAGCACACGAAAUUUCUCAGCUGCUGGCCAUGUCUCCCUUCGGGUUCACUUGCACUCUCAGUUCAACUGCCAUCCAAUGGGUUCAUUCCUGGCCAAAUGAUUUCCACACUUUUGCGUAUCAACAGCAGGCGAAAUAUAAAGGUUCGCGAAAUCACAACCGUUCUUAUCCAGAAAACCACAUACAGCGCUAGGUGGCCAAAGCAUCGGCAACGGAUUGAGAGUGUAAUUAUUUGCAAGACUGUAUCGCCAGGGAUCACGCUUCCCGAGGGAGGCAUUUUGGCCGAGGAGAAUCUACAAGUGCCUUGGCUGUUGCCUACCACCUGCUGCUCGAAGAUCAUCAAAAUAUGCUACGAAAUAAAGGUGGCACUGGAGGUGAACACCUGCUACCUGCAGGACCCCUUCGCAGUUAUCGCUAUUCCGAUUGUGAUUGGAACGAUUGCGGAGCGCGAUUCGGAACUGUCGGAGGAAGAGACUGUGCUGGAGUGGUCACGUAAAUCGUAAAUUGUUACGUAAACGAUAUGUUAGGGACCCC